AUGCACUGCCCUGUGCGGCCCUGGCAUCGCCUGGCUGCCCACAGCCUCUGCAGGGCUGUAGGCACAUCCUCCCCAUCCCCAAAGCUGUGUUCCCGCAGUGCUGCUGGGCCAGCCCUGCUGGGAUCCCCCUGCAGCCUGACUCACAUCCUCUCUGUUCCCUUGCCCCCUCCAGUGGACCAGAGCAUGUUUGAGAACGCCAGCGCCGGCACGGCACCCACGCCGCGGGCACAGCACGUCCCUGCCGCGGCGGGCGCCGUGCCCCAGCCCUGCCGGCCCGCCGGCAGCCAGCACCUGCGCAACCUGGGCAAGGCCGUGGGCGCCAAGGUGAAUGACCUGCUGCGGCGCCGGGAGCCGGCCGGCCUGCCCGCCGUGGGAGCCAUGGAGGUGAACGCCAGCGCGGGCGCCGUGCUGGGCGCGGGACAGCCGCCCGCCGAGCACGGGGCUGUGGCACUGGAGGCCUUUCCCCGGCUGGAGCCCCCGCCCCCCAUCACCAAGAAGCGGACGCCGCGCGCCCUGAAGACCCCCCAGGACAUGCUCAUUGCUCCGCAGCCGGAGGGGACCAGCACCAGGGGUGGCACCGAGGAGCCUCCCGAACCACCCCCAGCUCACCCUGAGCCCACAGAGGAGCAGCCGGGGAUGGGGGACCCGUCUCCUCCAUCAUGCCCUGGUGUCCUCGGUGUGACAGGUGCCCUAGAGCCCAGCGGGGACCAGCCUACCAGUGCCCUACCCGUGCCCGACCUCAUCCAUAAGGGCAGCCAGGAGAGCCAGUGGCAAGUGGGUGAGAGGGCCACUGAGAUGUCAGCCAGCACAGAGAAGCCCUCACGGAGACAGGGGCUGGAGCACGAGUCAGCAGUGAGCACAGGGCGGCCAGAACCACGUGCCUCUGGCUGGGAGGUGGAGGGGGCCCAUCCUGACCUACUGUCCUUUGAGUAGCAGUGGGUAGCUGUGACAGGGGUGCCAUGGGGGCUGGCUCUCCCAGACUUGUCUCUCACUGCCACUUGCCUUUUCUGGGGUGAUUAUUUUGGAAAGAGGAAAGUCCUGGAGUGGAACGAGCCAUUUGCUGCCCAGUGUGGGCUCUGGGGAGCCAUGACAACCUGCUUCUCCCCUGAUUCCCAGGAGGGGCACAGCCUGUCCUGCCAUGGUUUCUGCAGCCCCAUUCUGGCCCCCUAUUCACCCUAGUCAUGCCAAGCUCCUGUCCUGCCACAGUGCCACUGCCAUCCUGUCUGCAGCCAGGAGCCUUGCUGAACCGGGAACCAAGGGGGUGCGUGGGGGUAGAAGUGCCAGCCUGCCCCAAACCCCAUUGGCUCUGCUGGAGCGAGCAUCUGUGAGCAUCCCACAUGCACCACACACUUCCCCGUGUCUGCACUGGCUGCCUUGGUCCAGAGGAUUUCCCAGCUUUCACCAUGUGCUUGCUGAGAUACCCCGUCCUGGGUACCAGCAGGCUCACCCAGCCCUGGUGCCAGGAGCCAGGACAGCAGAUGUGUCCAGGGCCUUCUCCAGGUGCUGACCUCGUGGUGUUAC